AUGUACGGGAACACAGUCACCCAGCAAACCCUAGCCUAUUCACUUCUGCUCAGGAAAUUUGAUAAAACUGCAAACUUGAUAGCAAAAACAUUCCUCCCGAUGAUUAGUACAGCUAUAGGAGGAUUCACACCACAGCGGUAUGUGUGGACGAUAUGUAUCAGCCUUACAGCAGGGCUGAGGUUCCUGUUGGCUUACUGCUACUUCCACUGGCAUCUACGGGUCAACAUGGAUAUCCACGAGAAAUCCUUCAUACCAUUCAUAGUCUGCUCCGAGAUCUAUAUGAUUAUGUACGUGUAUUCCUGGUUUGCACUCUGCGAGUACCUGACCGUAUUUUCCAACAUCGCCUUCCACAGCAUUGCGUGCGUGGAUUUCAGCAUGUACAGCUUCACUAUUGUGCACACUUAG